AUGCGGGCGACUUGCCUGUGUUUCGUUUUCAUUUCUCUGCCAACAGCUGUAUUCGCUAUUAGUUGUUUGGUGACAAGACCAGGUUACGGUUUCGCAUCCGAGGCUUGUCCUGCUGCAGCGGUCGGAUGUCGAAUCAAAGCCCGAUCCGACCAUGUGGAAUGGUAUGAAUGGUCAAAACUAUACGAUAGGAAUCAACUUGUUUGUGUAUAUCCUGGAGAGUACGAAGGAAUCGCUGGAUGCGUUCGAAAACAUUCGGGGAAUGUUCGAUGUUGGUGCGGGGGAACGGACGACUGUAAUAGUCCAGAGACGAGUCGACAAUUACUGGACGCCUUUCAGAAAUCCGACAAAAAGAAGAUGCAAGUGAUUAUCAGGAAAUUGGAGAUGGGCGCGAAUCUAGGAGAGGAAGUGGAAGCAGAAACCACUACUGGAGAGCCCACUACCACAUCCACCACCGCCAUUACGACAAGAACCAAGCCGACAAGACCACCCACGAAGAAGCACACACAGAAGAAAUACAUGCAGAAAGGGACUAAACCCGUUUCUAGGACCACCACCACCGUCACUGCUUCCACCACAACCCCAUCAACCACAACCAAAAAGUGGACGGCGACGACAAAAGCGAUUAGUAACAACAUCGAAUCCGACGAUGAGGCGCUUCCACUUCCAACAGAAGCCGAACUCGGAGACACCUUCGACGAGACGCGACGACGUUUGAAUGAAGAAAUGCGGGAAGAGGACGAGAGAUUGCAACAACUACUGGCAGAUGAAGAAGCGGAGAUGAGCAGAGAUCAAGAAGACACCGCAGAAGAACGAGAGGAGCAGAGACGUAAAGAACGAGAACGAAACCGCAUGGAACGUCGUGAAAGAGCACGUGCCGAUGAGAGACGUCGUCUAACGGAAGAAGAAACAUUACGAAAACAUGAGAAAGCACAGAAACACAGAGAAGUGUUGCCGUCAAGCGAAGAAAUCGACGACGACUAUGAGAACGCCGAGUCCUCAGCCAAUUUGACGUCGAUUUCUUUGAUAUCAUCGAUUUUUUCAUUGUUAAUGCUGCUGAUAAGAUGA